UUGCAGUCAUCGGGAGAACAAAUCCUUCAUGCAAAGUGCACCUACUAUCAAGAAGAAGAAGAUCCUAGAUUUGGGCAUGGUAGAUGAUACAGAAAGCAGUACAAUGUCUGUCACAAAUCCUUUUACUGCGGCAGCAUUAAGACCACAAGUCAGUAGAAUAAAUAUGCCUGGAAGAUCGACCCCAGCCAGCAUACUAGCAGAUUCGUUCUUGGCUCCUGAAAACUAUCUUUACUUACCAGAUGUACCAAGAAUAACUCCGGACAAUAAUGAUGAAGGUCUCCAGACACUAGCAAUUUUAGCUAAAGAGAACCUUCAUCGUGAAUACAGUAUUUGA